AUGGUUGUUUCAUUUAGCGAUCUAAAGCUUGAUACUCCAUUGGGUUGUUUCUUUGAAGUAGAAAGACAAAAGGCGAGGGAAAGGGUUAUUGAUGUUGAAUCUACUGUUGGAACACCAAUUAAGGAUCAUACAAAGAAGAUGGUUGGACUGUUCAAUCGCCUUGAGUUACUUGGUGAUCCAUUCCCAAAUUUCAUCGCUGCUGGAAUAUUGUUGAAUUCUCUUCGCCUUGGUUACAAGAAAUUCAAGGUACUCUAUUUUUCUAAGAAAAGAGAAAAAACUGUUAGUGAUUUAAUCAACAUGCUUCAUCAAUUCGAAUUGGACUUCAUAAAUGAUAAGCAAGUGUCACUAAAAUUAAAGAGUAAGAAAAUCAAGAUUAAGGUUUGGGGGAGGAUCCAAACCAAGGCUGCAUCUUCAUCCACUCCAGAAGGGGAAGUGGAACCUUCCAAGAGACAGAUGAAGAGGGAUCAUUCUCCUUCUACGGCAUAA